AAAAAAAGAAACUGCUCCUCGAAAGAGACGGCCUGUGCUGCUGCCUGCCUCCGGCGGUAAGAACUCGCGUUCGCGGCGGCGGUCUUCUCGCAUCCCACCAGGCCACCACCGUCGGUUCUCUCCGGGAGAUUAACACAGCAAUAAUGACGCGCCAAGGGAGAUCGACGGACGACGGCGAACCCUCUGCUCUCCCCUUUGUUGUUUAAAUACCGGAGGGAUGGCAGGAGGCGUCUUGCUCGUCCUGUUCUCCCCCGCGGCUGCCGGCGGCCGGAGCUUCCUCCUCUACGCCGGCCAAUCUCAGCGCCCGCCACCUGCUCGACGGAAUGCCGAAGAAGGCUGCGGCGAGUGGCAAGGACCGCUUUGGCGAUCUCACCAACGACCUCCUCCGGCAUGUGCUGUCCUACCUACCGUGGGAUGAUGCCCUGCAGACCGGCGUGCUUGGGCCCGCUGGCGCGGCCUGUGGAGGCGCACAGCCGGCUUGCACUUCAUCUUGGACAAGAGCUCAAGGUUCCCGCGCUGCGAGCGUUUUGAAAAGUUGGUGAAGCUAGUCAUCCGGCUCCGGGGAGACUCUCCUCUUGUCAGCUGCGAGGUCAGUGCCCAUCCCGAUGACGAGACGAAGGGCACAUACACAAACACCAUGCGGUUGAUCGAGUACGCUCUAAAGUGCCAAGUCAAGGACCUGCUAGUCAGAGCUGUUCAAACUGAGGUCUACACGCUGACAUUCGACGCGCCUCUCAUCUCCCAGCACCUGAAGACCAUAGAGCUUGAACGGGUUAACCUAGAAUGCUCCGCCCUGAAUUUCUCUGGCUGCCCCGCAUUAGAGGGCCUGAAGAUGACACAUUGUUGGGCUUAUGCACACAAGAUAUCAUCCGAGUCGCUCAAGUAUCUGUGCAUCACCGGUUUUUGUUCCGUCCUUGAUGAUUCCCACAUGAGGAUCUCCACCCCGGCCCUUGUCUCACUCCAACUUGAUGACUUUCAUGGUUUGACCCCUUACCUUGAAAACAUGCCGUUUCUAGUAACAGCCUAUGUUCGCCUUGGCAAGGGAUGCUUCGAUUUCACGUUCUGUAACCUUAAUAUGGAGGGGGAUUGUGAUGUUCCUUGUUGUGGUUGCCAUACAUAUCUUGUUGAUGAGGGUGUGCUUCUCAGUGGCUUGACCCAUGCUGUGAAUUUGGAGUUGAUUGCUGAACCUGAAAAGAUUAUCUACAACUGGGAUUUAAAAUGGCACCCUAUAUUUGGCAACUUAAAAACUCUGCUUCUCAACGAGUGGUUCACGGCCAUUGACUUAGUUUGCAUUCUCCAACACUCUCCAGUUCUUGAGAUGCUCACUCUUCAGCUAGGUAACACUGAGAAACUCAUUGGAAUAACAGGAGCACAAGAAACAGUAAAAGAAUCAUUUGUGUGCGCGCACCUUAAGGUGUGAACAUUGAAUGUGGAAAAGUUAACGAGGGAAUUCGUGAAAUUUUGAAGAUCUUGAGUACGUGUGGCGUACGUCGUAAGCAAAUCAGCGUCAAUGAUCCAUGUUCUCGCUCAGACUGUAAGUUCCUUUGGCGUUCUUCAGUCUCAGUAUGUUUUUGCAAUCUCAUCACUGCUUCGUCUGUCAUGUUCUGCUGUAAUUACACAUCAACUUUAGUCUAUGAUUCAGUAUCAAUCAUCGUUUCGUUAAAGCCCUGCCGAGUCUCGAGGCAUCUGAAUGGUCAUACAUGUUUUGCUCUCGCGAGUGUAAACUCUGUUAACAAAUAAAUCUGGUCAAGCCCAUUUUUAGGAAACAACAACAACAAUAACAACAACAAAGCCUUUAGUCCCAAACAAGUUGGGGUAGGCUAAGGCCAUUUUUAGGAAAAACAAAGGAAAAUUGAUCAAAUGCGUGAUAGCUCCUAUGCAUCAAAUUGUUUGCGAAGCUAUUUUUGCCGUGUCCAUAUCAAGCGAGGACAUGCUGAAACCAAACUUACCCUGAAUCGUCAUGUAUCACCGAAACCUAACUUACCGUGCGUCAUCAUGUAUCGUGCAUGUUUCAGUUUCCAGAAGUGCCCCGUGGCCGCAGCAGGUUCCACCACGGAUGGUGCCUGAGAUGUGUGCCCGGUCGUGAUAUUUGGUCUAUAGACUUCUGUGUGUCUCCUAAUAAGCCUGUAAUGCUACUUUUAUCUUCUCGCUUUCGGUCUUUUGGUCCGGUGCUGGAACUUGAAUUCGUGGAUUGUCAGGUGUGACUAAGCAAUACGGUUUCCGGUUCACUGAUCCGUUAUUGGUAACGGAAAUCGGUGUCGUGUGCCCCCACCCUGACUGCACGAUCUUGGGCCUGAACCUGAACUUUGUUUGAGCAGAAAGGCUUUUGUGUUUGGAUGAGAUCUUGGGCCUGAACCUGAACUUUUUGUAGUGCCUGCAGUGUUGCUGUUUUCUCUCUGUCUGCUCGCAUCAUCUGUACUAGUAUUUCUUAUGGCGCCCGGCGGCCGCAGCAGCUUCCACCACGGAUCGCGCCUGAGAUGUGUGCCCGGUCGUGAUAUUUGGUCUAAAGCCUUCUGCAUUUCUUCUAAUAAGUCUGUAUUGCUACUUUAGUUUCUCGCUUCUGAUUUUUGGGUCCAAUAAUGCUGGUACUUGGCUUCGUGGGUUGUCAGGUGUGACUGAGCAAUACGGUUUCUGGUCCGUUGACCCGUUAUCGGUAACGGAAAUCGGUGUCGUGUGCCCCCACCCUGACUGCACGAUUUCCAUUCGCUCGCGUCUCGCUUUAUUUAGUUUUAGCAGAAAGGCUUUUGUGUUUGGAUGAGAUGUUUGACCUGAACCUGAACCUUGUUAUAGUGCCUGCAGUGUUUUUCUUUUCUCUCUGUCUGGUCGCAUCAUCUGUACUAGUAGUAUUUCUUAUGAAUUCGGCACCCACACCGCCUGUAUAUUGAUCUCCGAGGACGGUGUUUGUAACUAUGAACUGAAAGUAUGUACGGUCAUUGAUUGAUAAGUGAAAAUAUGCCCUGCUUAUAAUCACCUGAUGUAAACUUGGCGUUUGUCCUGUCUGCGUCAAUGUGCACGAAGUUAUGUGUUAUUCCAAACUCAUGGAUACGAGUAUACGACGACGUGCAAGGACGUGAGCCAUCGAUUGGGCUAUGUUGUGUCGUUGGUUGGUGAGACGAGUGGCCCUGUAUGUGACACCUCAACCUACCUCCACCAUGGCAGCUCACUCACUACUCUUAACUGCUGAUUAAUUGGGACCGUACCGACCAACUGUUGCUCCGGCCGGCUGCAUUCGGAUCAGAUUCAGUCACGGAGGAGGAGGAAGAAUCUCUCCUAUCGUCUGCUACAUCCACAGCGCUACAUCUCCUCCUCCAUCAGAUGUGAACCUUUCUCUUUAAGAAGCAACGCCUCAUGCUUUCCACCAUCAAAGGUGCUAAAUUUCAUGAUAGUGCAAUCCAGGCAAGAACUGAUGCAUGUAUAGAGAGUUGAGUCACACACGAUCCUUGUAUUCCAUGGUCAUACUGCAGCUGCUGCUUGAUAAGUAUUGCUGCUGAGCAGUGAGCGCCAACAUAACUUGCGCUCACAUGGAAGCAGCAGCAGCAGCAGAUGAGGAGAAGCCACUGAUUCACCACCUGCCUCCUCAGGAUGAAGGUUCAGAGCAUACAAGUGAUGGAACAGUUGAUAUCAACAAACAGCCUGCUAUUCGGCGUACCACAGGGAACUGGAGAGCAUGCUACUUCAUUUUAGGUGCUGAAUUCACCGAAGGCAUCUGCUUCUUUGGGAUCCAGAAGAACUUGGUCACGUACCUCACGAGCGUGCUGCACGAGAGCAAUGUCGACGCCGCGAGGAACGUGUCGACCUGGAUCGGCAGUUGCUUCUUCACGCCGCUCAUCGGAGCCUUCUUGGCCGACACGUACUGGGGGAGAUACCGGGCAAUAGUAGUCUUCCUUUCAGUCUAUACCGUUGGGAUGCUGGUUAUGACAUUGUCAGCGUCGCUCCCGGUGCUGAUGCCCUCUAAUUUAAGCACCAGCGAAAUCCAGCGUGCCAUGGUCUACCUAGGGCUCUACCUCGUCGCCCUGGGGACUGGCGGCAUCAAGCCGUGCACAUCGGCCCUCGGGGCGGACCAGUUCGACACCGCCGACCCUGUGGAGCGGGUGACCAAGGGCUCCUUCUUCAACUGGUACUACUUCCUGGUUAACGUCGGCUCCCUGCUGUCGACGACUGUGCUUGUGUGGGUGCAGGACAAUGUCGGGUGGGGACUCGGGUACGCGAUCCCGAUGGUGUUGAUGGGCUUCGGGCUCGUCGUGUUCGUCUCCGGCAGGAAGGUUUACCGGUACAAGAAACUGGGUGGAAGCCCUCUGAAGAGGUUGUCACAGGUGGUCGUCGCCGCUGCAAGGAAUUACCGUCUGAAGUUGCCUGAUGAUGACUCGGCCCUGCUGCAUGAGGAGACUGAAGCCAAUUCCAGCACUGAGCGUACCAGUCAGUUCAGGUUCCUUGACAAGGCUGCCAUUGUGGUAGCACCAUCUUCGGGCAAGGCUGUGGAGACGAUGGACCCAUGGAGGACAUGCACGGUGUCACAGGUCGAGGAGCUGAAGAUGCUGCUGCGGAUGUGCCCCGUCUGGGCGUCUCUGCUCUUCUUCUUCGCGGUCACCGCCCAGAUGUCGUCGACCCUGAUCGAGCAGGGCAUGGCCAUGGACAACCGCGUCGGCCGGUUCACGGUCCCGCCGGCCUCCCUCUCGACGUUUGACAUCCUCGCUGUCGCGGCAUUCAUCCCUGUCUACGACCUCAUGCUUGUGCCGCUCGUACGGCGUGCCACCGGAAGGGACCGGGGCCUCUCGCAGCUGCAGCGCCUCGGCGUCGGCCUCGCGCUGUCCGUGCUUGGCAUGGCCUACUCGGCGUCGGUCGAGACGAGGCGGCUGGCGGCGGCCGGAGCCGGCCGGAGCGUGAACAUCAUGUGGCAGACUCCGUCCUAUGUCGUGCUCGGCGUGGCCGAGGUGUUCACCAGCGUCGGCAUCAUGGAGUUCUUCUACGAUGAGUCCCCGGAGUCCAUGAAGAGCAUGGGCGCGGCGCUCGCCCAGCUGGCCAUCUCGGCCGGGAACUACCUCAACUCCGCCGUGCUCGGCGUGGUCGCGUCGGCGACGGGGCGUGGCGGCGCGCCCGGAUGGAUCCCGGAUGACCUCAACGAAGGCCACCUCGAUUACUUCUUCUGGAUGAUGGCUGGUCUUAGUGUGUUGAACCUGUUGAUGUUCAUCUACUUCUCACUGAGAUACAAAGGCUAGAUAUUGUGAGUGUAUUUUUCUUUCUUUUACUAGCUGAAAAUGUAUCUUUGGAAAGGAACUAGCACAUCCAGAUUUGGUAUCCUACUAGCACAAAUGCCCGUGCGUUCAACGGGAGACAUAAUUGGAGUGUAUUUAAAUUUAGUUUGAAUUAUAUGGGAAAACACAAUGAUAGUUCAUGUGAAA